ACCAAUCAAAAUCGAGAGUCAAAGGUUAUCUUGCCUUUCACGUCCAUGUUUUUAUCGUUGCCGGUUGUGUGAGAAACUUUGUCCGCAAAAAUGGGGAAAAUCAAGGGUGGACCAGUUGUGGAAAUGCAAGGAGAUGAAAUGACCAGAAUCAUUUGGGACCUGAUCAAACAGAAGUUGAUAUUUCCGUUUGUUGACCUUGAACUUCACACAUAUGAUCUUGGCAUUGAAAAUAGAGAUGCUACAGAUGAUCAAGUGACUGUUGACGCAGCAAAUGCAGUUAGAAAGUACAAUGUUGGAAUCAAAUGUGCAACCAUUACACCUGAUGAGAAAAGAGUGGAAGAGUUCAAAUUGAAGAAGAUGUGGAAGUCACCAAAUGGCACGAUUAGAAACAUCUUGCGAGGAACCGUUUUCAGAGAAGCAAUCAUCUGUAAGAACAUUCCUCGCUUGGUUCCCGGCUGGAACAAAAGUAUCGUCAUUGGUCGUCAUGCUUAUGGGGACCAGUAUAAAGCAACAGAUUUUGUAGUUCCUAGUCCAGGUAAACUGGAGAUCAAGUUCACACCGGAAGAUGGUGGAUCUCCGCUGGAGUACACUGUGUUCCAGUUUGAGGGGACAGGUGGAGUUGCCCUGGCUAUGUACAACACAGAUGAGAGUAUUAAAGAAUUUGCCCACAGCUCAUUUCAGUAUGCUUUGCAAAAGGAAUGGCCCCUUUACCUAAGUACCAAAAACACUAUCUUGAAAAAGUAUGAUGGCAGAUUUAAAGAUCUUUUCCAAGAAAUCUAUGAGAAAGAGUACAAGGAUAAGUAUGAGGCCAAAAAAAUUUGGUAUGAGCACAGACUUAUUGAUGACAUGGUAGCAUAUGCAAUGAAGUCUGAUGGCGGCUUUGUUUGGGCGUGUAAAAAUUAUGAUGGUGAUGUACAGUCAGACUCGGUUGCUCAAGGUUUCGGUUCUCUCGGCAUGAUGACCAGUGUUCUGAUAUGUCCUGAUGGUAAAACCAUAGAGUCCGAGGCAGCUCACGGGACUGUCACACGUCAUUACAGAUUCCACCAACAGGGCAAGGAAACUUCCACCAACCCAAUAGCUUCCAUCUUUGCCUGGACCCGAGGACUACAACACAGAGCCAAACUGGACAAUAAUGAUGCCCUAGCAACAUUUGCUUCAAACCUAGAGGCUGUUUGUAUAGAAACCAUUGAAGGCGGCUUCAUGACCAAGGAUUUGGCCAUCUGCAUCAAAGGAAUGUCAAAUGUGGCUCGUGCUGACUACUUGAACACGUUCGAGUUUCUGGACAAACUAGCGGAAAACCUUGUCAAGAAGAUGGGCUCUAGUUGACUAGAUAGCAACGCUAGGUUAUAAAAUCUCUGGGACCAAGUCCAUUUAGACCAGACUGAAAAUAUUUUAACUUUUGGAGCAUUAAAAGUCAAUAAAUUUUAUUGCAUACAUAUCGUUUAAAUAUGUAGAUUAACUUUGUUAAGAUUUUUUCAUAAGCAGAACUACUUAUAAUUCAGUUUAUUACAGAUAGAAUAGAAAGUUAAAACAUUUAAUUUCACUUUUUGAAUGUUUAGAAAACUUGUUCAAGAUUUUAUUUUUGAAGUAUUAAAACAGAGGUGGUGUAGAAAAUUAUAAUUUUCACACUUGGGCAUUUUAUCUGUGCACAUUUUAAGAAUUGUUUCUUCAUAUGGAAGACAAUCAAUGCCAUAAACUGUAAAAUCUUUGUUAUAUCACACCAUUGAUAAAUGUACUAAACAAAAAAAAAUAACUCAUUUAUUUCAAUCAUGUCUCCAGGGUCCCCAGUGGUACAUACAAAAUAUUUGACAUUUUACAUCCUAAAAAACAUUUACCUGUUGUUUAAGCCAUAACAUACUUGUACAUAAUGGAGUUUGUUUUGAUUUGUUAAGAAUUACCUACCCCCAAUUUUUUUUCUCAUAAAGUCAGUAGCACUUGUGAUAUGUCCCUGAUUUCAUUUUCUUUUUAUAUGAAUUUAUACAUCUUAAAGACACUUGCUGCAGUUUCUUGUAUGAGAGAUGGGGCAAAACUUUCCCAAUAAUAAAAUUUAUUCAGACUUUGUAUAUGAACAGUUUCAUGUUAGAAACAGAAAAAUGCGAAAACACAAAAAAAGUCACUGUGCUUAUUUAAGAGUGAUCUGCCCUUAAAACUGUAUUUUUCUUCAAAUUUGCAUUUUCAAGGGCAGAUAACUCCUGAACAAGCGUUGUGACCUUCGAUUUUUUUAGUUCUGUUUCUAACAUGACACUGUGUUCAUAUUAUACAAAGUUUGAACAAAUUCUAUUAUUUGGUUUUUUUUUACCCAAAACUGCCGCAUGCAUCAUUAAAUACAUUUUACAAGUCAUAAGUUAAUUGUGUAUAUAUAUAUAUAUAUAUAUGGAUGAUCCAAAUUCUGAUCUCACCAUGAUUUUUGGAGUGAUUAUUUCUAUUACAUGUACAUGAGAAAUUGAAAAAAAGCGAUGUGUUGAAAUGGUAAGUGAAAUUUAACUUGAUUUUUUCAAGUUUUUAAUUUGAUUUUUUAGCUCAUCUGAUUUUUUGAAAAAAAAUGAUGAGUUAUUGUCAUCACUUGAGCGGUUGUCGGCGUCGGCGUCUGCAUCGGCGUUGCCUGGUUAAGUUUUAUGUUUAGGUCAGCUUUUCUCCUAAACUAUCAAAGCUAUUGCUUUGAAACUUGGAAUACUUGUUCACCAUCAUAAGCUGACCCUGUAUAGCAAGAAACAUAACUCCAUCUUGCUUUUUGCAAGAUUUAUGGCCCCUUUUGUACUUAGAAAAUAUCAGAUUUCUUGGUUAAGUUUUAUGUUUAGGUCAACUUUUCUCCUAAACUAUCAAAGCUAUUGCUUUGAAACUUGGAAUACUUGUUCACCAUCAUAAGCAGACCCUGUACAUCAAGAAACAUAACUCCAUCUUGCUUUUUGCAAGAAUUAUUGCCCCUUUUGCACUUAGAAAAUCAGUUUUCUUGGUUAAGUUUUAUGUUUAGGUCAGCUUUUAUCCUAAACUAUAAAGCUGUUGCUUUAAAACUUGCAACACUUGUUCACCAUCAUAAGCUGACCCUGUACAGCAAGAAACAAAACUCCAUCCUGCUUUUUGCAAGUUUUAUGGCCCCUUUUGGACUUAGAAAAUAUCAGAUUUCUUGGUUAAGUUUUAUGUUUAGGUCAACUUUUUCUCUUAAACUAUCAAAGCUAUUGCUUUGAAACUUGCAACACUUGUUCACCAUCAUAAGCUGACCCUGUAUAGCAAGCAACAUAACUCCAUCCUGCUUUUUGCAACAAUUAUUGCCCCUUUUGGACUUAGAAAAUCAUUUUCUUGGUUGAGUAUUAUGUUUAAGUUGACUUUUCUCAUAAACUAUCAAAGCUAUUGCUUUAAAACUUGCAACAGUUUUUCACCAUCAUAAGUGGACACUGUACAUCAAGAAACAUAACUCUAUCCUGCUUUUUGCAAGAAUGAUGGCCCAUUUUAUACUUAGAAAAUUGGGGUAGGACAAUAUUUCUAUUACACAAAAAAAAUCAGAUGAGCGUCAGCACCCGCAAGGCGGUGCUCUUGUUUAAGUUACGUUAUCAGAUUAUCACAUCUGUAAAGACAGAUAUUGUGAAGUUGUUGAUAUUCAUAUAUUGAGGGAUUUGUUUUUGUGGAUUUUGUGAAUUGUCCACGAAAUUCAUUCACAACAAACAAAUUAAAUUCUAAUUCAGUUUAUGUCAGAAAAAGUCUGUGAAAAUAAUGAUUCCACAGUUCAGUAUAAUCUGUCAUAAAGGCACCUCAAGAAAGCAAACAUGCGGUCACUCUUAAAACAGGUUACACUGUUUAUGUUUGUGCUCUGUACAUUGUUGAAGCCAGAAAGGAUUUUUCAGGUGUAAAAUAUUUUCAUGUUUUUUACAUGUGAUUAAUUUAUUGAUUUUUUUUUAUACGCAAAUUGUUAAAAUUCUUUUUUAAUCCAUUUUUAAAGCAUUUUUCUCUUUAAUAGCUAUUAUAUAUAUAAAUUCUGGUCAAUCCUUGUCUACUUGUUAUUGUUCUGUGGCAAGUAAAACCUGACCAGCUCUUAAUCAGUCAGCUGUUGCUGUUAGUUUAUUUCUUUGUACAUAAAAAGGGCCUAAUUAUUCUUAUUUGUACAGAGAAUUACUUAAGAGGCAAAAUUUAGUUCGAAGAAGAAGAAAAAGAAGCACCAGCCAUUCUUCAUAAUUGCACUAUGUUUAUCGAACUGAUUAAAGUAGUGUACCUGCAGUAAGAAUUUGCAAAUUACAUAUUUUCUGUACGUGAUCUCGGAAUUUAUUGCCUAAAACAUUGUAUGUAUUAUGCUAUGUUUAUAAAUGAAGUAAGAACGCUGUGUUGGUUAACGUAAAGACACAAUCACACGGAAAUUGUUGAGUAUCAUUACAGGUUCACUGCCUUAAUACACUUUAUCCUGCUAAAUUUCUAAAAUUGACUGGUCCGUCAUUCAGUUUGGGUAGUAUCAUUUAUUAUUUGAAGGGGUGUUCACAUAAAAUUUACUGACUGAAUAGGGAACAGUACAGACCAAGAUCAGACUGCAUGGAUGUGAAGGCUGAUCUUGGUCUGCAUUAGUUGCAAAGGCAGAAUCACUUGCCACCAGCAGACUAAAGUUUAAUGAUGUCCCACGGUAAAAAAUACUGCUUACACAUGAAAUGCAUCAUAGACUGUUUGUUCAGGGUAUGAAUUUUACGGAACAACUUUUAAUUUAAUUGAAUAGUCCCAUUAUGUAGCAGAAGCCUUUCACUGUCCACUGAUGAUUCCAGUUUUAUUUUUGAGAAUGUUUACUGUUUGUAAAACCAUUUAGCAUUUUUUCAAUGUAUAUUGUGUAUAACCAUAUAACAGUUUCUCUGUGUUAACUUUUUUAUAAUCAAAAGGCAUUUUCUCCUUGUGUUUAAGGGAGAGCUAGAAAGUUGUUUAAGGUUACCUCAUUAUGCAGCAUUUAAUGUAAAAAAAAAUCUAAUUUGAAUUAACUUUAGUGACUGGGGUUGUGUAGAAACUUGCCUUGCAGUGCACCAUUGGAAUGUAUUCUUAUACUUGCAUGAGUGUAAAAUUAAUCAUUUUUGCACUGUAACCAUGACACGAAAAAACGAAAAAAAAACCCAAAAAACGUACAUGCACUGCAAGAUCUAGCAUUAUUAAUUCUAGUAUUCUUAUCCACCAUUUCCACUUUAUUUAACUUCACCUAAAUCCAUACAAAUCCGAAGUAUUACCAGAAUAAUGUCUUUCUAUGUUUUUGAAAGCUGUAGACACUUUACAUGUGUGACUGUUGGGCACAGCAUUUUGUGAUAAAUUUGUUUUAAUAAAAAUCAGUAUACAUAUUUACAUUUUACACUGGCAAUGUAAUGUAUAAAUUGUUACCUUUUAUAUAUGAAAUGUUUGUGUGUAUGUGUGAGUACAGUAUAUAGAGAUUUUAUUCUUGUCAGUUGGCUCAAUAUUUGUUUUAAAUUUGUGAGCCUCGCUGUGUGGAAACCAGCAUUAGGGCUUUGCAACGAGUAUAAAUCCUGAUCAGUGCAUAUCCAUACUGGUUGUUUUUCAGUGUCAGAACUUAUAUGCAAGUAAUGCACAAACUUGUACGGAUUCUGAUCAGACUGCAUGGAUAUAUAGGCUGAUUUGGAUCCAUGCUUGCAAAGCCCAAAUGGCAAAACUCAUUUAUACAUAUAAAGAAUAAAUGUUGCCAAUUAUAAAUAUAUUGAGGGAAUGAUAUUUGAAAUCAUAACAGAAUUGUCUGCUUAAUAUUGAAGCAUUUAAAUCGUAAAUGCAUUUUGCCAUUUAAGAUUGUUUUUAUACAUGAGGGAAUUAUAUAAAUUACAUUGUAUAUGAAAUAACACGAUAUUUGUAAAUUUUCUCCCAAUUUUGUCUACUACAUAUUGGCCAAUCACAAUAACACUAGUGGGUGGGGCAUUUAAGUUUGUUGGCUAAUUCUGCAUUCCUGUCUCUUUUCUCACAUUUGUUUCAACAGAUGGAUUAUCCAAUUAUUUUUCAUUAACUAUUUUUACCUCCAAAUGGAAGAGAUGCACCCUUUUCUUCUUCAUGUUGAAGAGUUAGCUCAGUCUUCUUCCAUAUUGAAGAAAUAAACUUUCUUUACUGAUUAAAGUUACAUCAUUUUCUGCACCUUUUUCAAUAUUGAAAUGUUACUUAACUGAUCUACAAAUUUAAGAGCUUUAAAUAUAAAACCAACAGCAGGCUGUCUAGCGUCCCUAAAAUUCCUACUUUUUCCUACUUUUUUUCAAUUUGGCUAAAAUUCCUAUUUUUUAAAAAAAAUCAAAGGAAAUUCCUAAAAAGGCCCUAUUUUUUCACAAAAAUUCCUAAUUUUUUAACUUUUUUGCAAUGAUCAAAAAGAGAAAAUGUUUUAAAUGUUGUUUAAAAGUUCUUCUAAUUCAGAAAAAAACAGUUUAGCACAGUUCAAAGCAGUUUACCAGUGGUAGACGUCUUUUCUGUAAAUAAAGCACUAUUUGUGAGUUACUUUUAUGUCAAUCAUAUAAAGGUAAGCACAUUACAUGGUCUUUAAAGUCCAUAUUUUAAUUUGAAAAUUCCUAAAUUUAGCCCUAAAAUUUCCUUAAAAUUGUCCCAAAUUCCUAAUUUUAGCCCUAUUUUUUUGUACAAAUUGCCCUAAAAUUAGCCCUAAUUUUUUGUCAGGGUAUGCUAGACAGCCUGCAACAGGCCAGUUAUCUUUUUAGUCCAAGUUACUCUUUAGUAUUUAAGCUUAAUUAAGAACAUUUUUGUCAUUCUGUUUUUUACAGACUUUACAAGAAAACAAGUCUUUAAAGUAGGAAUAUUUUAGACUUGAAGUGAUGUUACCAGUUUCAUCAGUGAUUUAUAAUUUAAGCAUGGACACAAAACCGGCAUAUAUCAGAAUGUAUCAAAUUUGCAUGGUUUGCAAAUAAAAUAUGGGAAAUUUUA